GGGAGGGGAGAGGAUGGGGGGUGCUUCCCUCUCUGCGUCCCAAACAAAGUGUCACAAAGAGCUCGGCCGGCGGCAGCAGCGGAGGCGGCUGCAACUCAGCUUUUGUUCUCCCGGCCCGGGUAGCUGAGCCCUGGCCUCCCAAUCUCCCAACCCUGCCCCCCAUCAUCCUUCUGGCUUAUUUUCCCCGGGAGGGGUCUGGGGUGCUGCGGGAAGAACCUCUUGUGCAGGACCACAGGUCCUGCCCUACUUGGCCAACCUACUUCUGGGAGGGAGAUUUUCCUAGAGGCUGUCCUGACCACCCCCCACCCCACCCCCCUAAUCUGAGGACUGAGGUUCAUAUGGGUGCUAAGACUUUCACCUUUCUAGGGUCAGCUCCAGUUUAGGGGACUUAGGGCUGGCCACAUGCCUCCUCCCCCAAAUCCAGGUCUUCUAGAACUUUCAGAAGAGGGGUCAAGUUGGGACAUGCCUCUGGGAUAAGAUUCACCAUGGUGGGGUGGCAGUAGGUGAGCAGGUGUACCUUCCUAUCACCUCCUGUACAUUUGGAAGUCCAUGACUGAGGUCCAUGCCCCCAACUCAGGACACUGAGGACGGAGGGAAGGAGGCUUUACCAAGAACUCAGUCUAAAAGGUGGGCAAGCUAUGGUGAGGAGUCAGUUUGGAGGGGCCACCUGAGCAGUGCGGUUCAGAGGGCCAUGGAGAAGAGAGCAUAAAAGUGAACUGCUGGCAUGUCUGAGCAAUAAAGGUGGUCUUGACCCCAGACCACCUAAGAAGCUCCUUUUCCUUUUAACCCCAUCUAGUGCAGUGUUCAUCAUAAUUGUUAGUGGACUUGGGAGGUGUAGGAUUCUCAACAGAGGGAAAAGCAACAAAUAUCAGAGAUGGCCAGAGACAAAACCUAGUCACAACUAUAGCUCAGAAGUCCUGAACCCUUACCCCGUACACUUUGACCCUAAAAACUUUUGAACCACAAGGCUUGAGGGACAAUCUUUGUGGUCCUCCAGUCAACAGAUGCAUUUAUGUACCAGUCGCUGUUGUUUUGUCCAAGAGUCUGCUCACCAACCCUUCCAUCCUUCUGUAUUCAGUAAGGUUUGAUCGUCCACCCUCUUCUCCACCUGCUCUCCUAGCACCUAAAUGUAAUUGGCCUGUUGCUUUGGAAAGAUUUCUGAUCCCUACCCCUGGCCCUGCAUCCCUACAGAACUCAAAUAAGGGCAAUAUAGCCCCCGAUUCCCAGUUGGGGUGGAAAGUAGGUCAGUGCUACUGUCUGGCUAAGUCUCGUGGAUGGUGUUUAGGGCCUGACUGUAGAAAACUCUGUGAUUAUUGCCCAUAGGCAAUACAUGCAUGACCUGGGUUCCAGGCCAGUUCAUAGAUCUUGGGCCCUGUCAGUGUUUUCUCCUAUUGAGAAAAACUCAUGGGAUCGGGCAUGGUUUGGUGUGGAGAUGAUUCAGGAAAUCUUGACUAGGCCUAGAAGGGUCUCUCAGUGGGUUUUGUUGAUUUGAGGCCCCCCUCAAGUCAAAAAAACAAAAUCAAAGGGGAAACUUUCCCUGCUCGGGAAUUCAGCUUCAAUUUGGGCCUUCUUGUAUAGCACUGUAUUUCCAUCCUGGAAACUGCUAUGUGCAAAACAGCGUUUUUAUUUUUGUUUUGUUUUGGGGAAGAAAGAUUUGCCCUAUUCCUACUCUACUUGCCUUGGAAAUGAGGUCAGCCUCCCAUGAGGUAUUUUGCUUCCUAUCCUACAGGCAGUUUUAGGGGCCCUAGAAUCUUCUCGGAAUCAGAGUAUGUGCCCAUAGGUUAGUCAGCUAUGACCAUGCAGUAUUCCCAGCCUCCCCCCUCCUCCCCCACCAUCUGCUUCCUCUGAAUAUACCAGAUUGGCUGUACACCAGGAUGUUCCGGGAAUCCCCAGGAGAGCAACAGAAUGUGAUGGACCCAAAUACGGUGCCUCAGUAACUCAUUCCAGGAUGUACAAACUGUAACUGUCAGGACACUCCUUACAGCUAAUUAAAAUUCUUCUAGUUACAUCUAUUUUCUAUUACAUCUAUCUAUUUUCAGUGACAUCCAAAAGGCUAAAAUAAUCCCUGUGGUACCACUGUUGUUUUUUUUUUUUGUUCUAUGAUUCCCAGAUAGGAAUUUUUAAAAAUCCUCCAGCUUCUCUCAGUGCCUUAUCUGUGGUGCUAAAAUGGCAAACGUGGCCCCUCUAGCACUUCAUAGCUCUGCCUAUGGUACUGAGGUGGCCAAAGUGGCUCCUCUGGUAGCCCACUGCACUCUCCAUGGUACUGAAGGGAUGACCAUUUGUUUUCACGUUUCUCUGGGGUCCAGAGAGUCCUCUCACUCAGAACCACAAAACUUUUGAGCUGGAAGCCACCAUCAAUAUAAAUUAGUCCAACCCCUUUAUUUUACAGAUGAGUAAACUGGGAGGUUAAGUGAUUUACUGAAGGUUGAAGGGCUAUCAGUGGUCAGACUGGGCCCCAGUAGCCUUGCGCCUCUCAGUCCUACUCAAAUUCACCUUUCAUGACACUACUCAGAGAGCCUGGCUAGGUUCUUGGGCCCAGCAAAGGGGUUUAUUUGGAGAUCUAGAAGAUGAGAGUGGAUGCCCUAAUUUGGAGCUACAGAAAUACAAAUGUUAAAAGUGGUGGUGGAGGAUGUUUAGUGACCCUAGGACAAGGACACUUUGUUAAUUAACCUCCUGUUAAUAAAAUUCCCAUAACCCAGAUUCCACAUGUAACAGGUACCUGCUCCUUCAUGGAGUCUUAUCACAUCCACUAAAUGUCAAACAUUAAAGAAGGCUUGGACCUCCAGAGCCUUUUCUCUUUGCUGAUAAGCAGGGCUGACUCCUGGCCCAAUUCUCUUCUAUUAAAGAUCCGUAAGCAAAGUAAUGCUUUACUUUCUCAGUAACCCAUUUCAGUUUCACAAUGCCUAUUGUAAGGAAGUUCUUUACAUCUCAAAUAUUCUUUCUAUCUCAGGCAAAAAAAUAGGUUAGGCCCAUGUUCAUCUAGCCUUGAAUGGAUACAAUUCUAUAUGUAAGCAGGAAGGUCGACUGGACGACUUCUGGUCAUUCUCCUAGGCCUAUUUCCAUGAAUCUUAAUUCUGGGGUUGCGUCUAAGUCCUAAUGCUAACCUCCUCUGCAGCUUAGCAUCAGGAGAGUCGACCCCCCCCCCCCCCCCAUCCUCUUCCUCUCAGUGCUCUUCUCCUUCCUCAGAACUGGAGCUCUGCAUAUCCCAGGCCCAGGGAAUUUUAGCCUGGAGAAUUUUAACCCUUUCCUGCCCAGAGCAUGUGCUGAGCCCCUAUCUGUGCAGAUGGCCCAGCCCCGCCCCCCGUCCCUCACUCCAGCCUCUUGAGCUCAGAGCCAGUGUAAUCCUCCUCUUGUGUGAGGGAGCCUCUCCCCUGCAGAGAGGAGGAAAGCCUGCUUCGGAACAGCCCUGGACAAAGGGGCUGAGAUGCCCCAUCAAACUGCAGGCUCCAAGCUCUGCAGCACCUGUUGCCUUCACUAGCAGCUUUUCCUCUUCCUCUUCCCUGCACUCCCCAGAACCAAAGAAUGUGAAGGGGGUCCAUGGAGGGCUCACGUCCCCGUGCUCCGGGCGGCCACUUAGCGCCGUCGCCGCCGGCCUUCGACGGCGAACUGGAUCUGCAGCGCUACUCCAACGGGCCAGGCGUGAGCGCCGGGUCUCCAGGCAUGGGAGCAGUGGGCUGGUCUGAGAGUCGCACAGGCGAACGGCGCUUUCCCUGCCCUGUAUGCGGGAAGCGUUUCCGCUUCAACUCCAUCCUGGCUUUGCACCUGCGGGCGCACCCGGGCGCCCAGGCCUUCCAGUGCCCGCACUGCGGCCACCGCGCAGCCCAGCGGGCCCUGCUGCGCUCGCACCUGCGCACGCAUCAGCCCGAGCGCCCGCGUAGCCCCGCCGCGCGCCUGUUGCUGGAGUUGGAGGAGCGCGCGCUACUGCGCGAGGCCCGACUCGGGAGAGCCCGAAGCUCAGGGGGCGUGCAUGCCACCUCUGCCACUGAGAGCCUGGCGCGGCCCCAGGCUCCUUCGUCGUCCGCCUUCCGUUGCCCCUUCUGCAAAGGCAAGUUUCGCACCGCGGCGGAACGCGAACGCCACCUGCACAUCCUGCACAGGCCCUGGAAAUGCGGCCUGUGCAGUUUCGGCUCCAGCCAGGAGGAGGAGCUGCUGCACCACAGCCUGACGGCCCACGGAGCUCCUGAGCGCCCCCUGGCGGCCACUUCGGCGGCACCCCAGUCUCAGCCUCCACCCCAGCCUGAACCCAGAUCGGUGCCCGAGCCGGAGGCGGAGCCUGAACGUGAGGCAACCCCUGCCCCCGCUCCUGCCGCUCCCGAGGAGCCCCCUGCGCCUCCGGAGUUCCGGUGUCAAGUGUGUGGCCAGAGCUUUACACAGUCCUGGUUUCUCAAGGGCCACAUGCGCAAGCACAAGGCCUCCUUCGAUCAUGCGUGUCCUGUGUGUGGCCGCUGCUUCAAGGAGCCCUGGUUCCUUAAGAACCACAUGAAGGUGCAUGCCAGCAAGCUGGGCCCACUGCGUGCCCCGGGGCCUGGUUCCGGGCCUGCCCGGGCCCCUCAGCCUCCUGACCUGGGCCUGCUGGCCUAUGAGCCACUGGGCCCCGCACUCCUCCUGGCCCCGGCGCCCACCCCGGCUGAGCGCCGUGAGCCCCCAAGCCUCCUGGGCUACCUGAGCCUUCGAGCUGGUGAGGCCCGGCCCAAUGGUGAGGGCGCUGAGCCUGGGGCUGGCCGCAGCUUCGGAGGCUUCCGCCCACUGCCCUCUGCUCUCCCGGCCCGGGCUCGCCGGCACCGUGCCGAGGAGCCAGAUGAGGAAGAGGAGGUGGUGGAGGCGGAGGAGGAGUCCUGGGCUCGGAGCAGGGCACUGGGCCCUCUGGCUUCACUGCACCCGCGCCCAGGCGAGGGGCCGCACUCUGCGCCUGCCGCGGGGGCCCAGGCAAGGUCCACCGCGACGCAGGAAGAGAAUGGGCUGUUAGUUGGAGGGACCCGGCCUGAAGGGAACCGGGGGGCCACCGGCAAGGAUUGCCCCUUCUGCGGAAAAUCUUUCCGUUCAGCGCAUCACCUCAAAGUGCACCUACGAGUGCACACAGGCGAGCGCCCCUACAAGUGUCCGCACUGCGACUACGCGGGCACCCAAUCCGGCUCGCUCAAAUAUCACCUGCAGCGCCACCACCGGGAGCAGAGGAGCGGGGCUGGCCCUGGGCCGCCCCCAGAGCCGCCGCCCCCUUCCCAGCGGGGUUCGGCCCAGCAGCCAGGAGCCAAGCCGGCUCCGCAGCCUGCGACCUGGGUGGAGGGCGCGGCGAGCCCCCGGCCUCCUUCGAGCGGUGCCGCGCCGGGGUCCCGUAGGAAGCCCGCCAGCCCCGGGAGGACCCUGCGCAACGGGCGAGGCGGUGAGGCCGAACCCCUGGACCUGUCCCUGCGGGCAGGCCCAGGAGGCGAGGCCGGGCCGGGGGGUGCCCUCCACCGAUGCCUCUUCUGCCCCUUCGCCACUGGAGCCCCCGAGCUCAUGGCCUUGCACCUGCAAGUGCACCACAGCCGCCGGGCUCGGGGCCGCCGGCCGCCCCAGGCCAACGCAUCCCCGCCCUAUGCCCGAGGACCAUCGGGAGAGACCCCUCCCAGUCCUUCGCAGGAAGGGGAGGAGUCCCCCGGGCUGUCGAGAUCGGGCGAGGCGGGGUUGGGGGGGCAAGAACGGUAGGGAGCUCUCUUAGGGGCGGUUAGUUUAGUGAGCUUACCCCGCCGGAGCGGGGGAGCGCUAGAGGUAGUUGGGUAGAGCAGCCAGCAGGGGGCAGCAUGGGACCCACAUCCCAGCCCCAGGCGGACCAGAGGUGGAGGGGGCAGAGGGUGUAGGAGGGUGGGCGGGCGGUACCCACCCAGCCCAGGGGAGAGUCACAGUGCCUUAGAAGUGGCAGGGGUGAGCAUCAAAGAACGGGGUCCCAGGGCUGGCAGAGAACAGUUGUGUCCCUGUUGAGGAGCCGCUCUGCCAGUCUUUGCUGGUCCAUAGGCGUGAGAGUUUAUUUUUGUACAAUGGGUGGGGGUGGGGGGCACUGUACCCUUCUAGCCCCUUCAGGGGCCCUGUAGACGUCGCUAUUUUUGGUACGAUUCCUGUCAUCCCUGUCGCAGAGUUGUGUCCCCAAUAAACAGGUGUCUUGAGGCACAGG